UGCUGUGAAUAGAUCACAGUUUGGUUUUUGUUCGCGGUGCAAUCUCAUUCCUAGUUUUGCCUCGGUCUUGUGUCUGCUGGAGAACAGAAAGAUUCUGGCGAGAAAUUGCUCCGUUGAUUGAACCACAUUAAGUGCACGCAACUGGCUAAAAGGUGAAUUUGCAGACGCCAUCGUCUCCGGUGCUAUUAUGAAGCACUUCUGGUUGAUGGGCCUGCUGGCCCUUGUACUAUUGGUUUCCAUUACUUCCGCCAACAAGAAGGAGGAAUCUUUCGAAGAAAGUGGUGGAAAUGAACAGGGAGUUGAACAUCACGGAAAAAAGGGCGGAAAGGCGGAAAAGGUUUACAAAUCUAAAAACGGGUUGGAGAAAAAAGAGAAAGGUGAUCACGCAAAAGAAGAACACGAGUCUCAUUACGGCGAGGAAGGUGGCCACAAAAAGGGAAAUCAUGAUGACGGCGAAGAAUUUAAAAAGCAUCACGAAGAGAAGAAAGGAUCUAAGCAUGGCAAACAUGGUCACAAGAAAGGACACAAAAAGGGAUCCAAAACAACGGGAUACCAUAAAAAGUCGCACAAGGAUGACUACCACAAAGAGCACAAAUUCUACGAUGAUCAUCACAAGGAAGGCAAACAUAAGAAAUACGGCGAUUUCCAUGAACAUCAUGCCAAGGGCGCAGAAGAGCACAAGAAGGGAGGCCAUCAUGAAUCCGCCCAUAAAGAAGAUCAUUACUCAAAGAAAGGCCACGCGGAUAAGGGCCAUCACGACGAUGAUCAUAAGGGGUGGAAGAAGAAGCACGGCCAUGAAUCACACUUCGCACACAAGGAUGAUUAUGGCAAGAAAGGAGGUAAAAGUGGUGGCAGUGAGCAUGGAUUCAAGAAAGGGGAUCAUCACUAAUCUUGAGGUUGUAACAGUUCUAUGUUUGUUUUAUAAUUCAUUCCAGUUUGAAAAGACAUGUACUGUCAAUGAAUAGGUGUAUUAGUCGUAUUUUUUACUAGGCAAGACUAACGAAAUAUAGACUAUAAAUUGAUAUUUUUAGUAAAA